AUGACCACCGCCCACCUCCUCACCUACCUCCUCCCCCCCACCUCCACCGCGCUCGGCCGCCUCACCACCAGCCCCCACCGCCCACACCAACACUUCCACGACCCCCUCCCACCCCGCCCAAACACCACCGAGACCCACACCGCGCACCACACCGACUUCCGCGAAACCCGCACCUUCACCAAGCGCUCGCGCCUCAGCGUCGGCCUCGCCGACCUGCUCUCCCUCCGCUUCACCACCACCUCGACCGGCGCCGCGACCCUCGCCGCGCCGCAGACCACCACGAGCGACCUGCAGAACUCGGACGGGUGGUUUGCAGAGGCGUGCGGGCAGGAGGCAACGCAGCGGUGGAUGCAGGCCGCGGCGCGGAGAGGCGACAGCGUGUAUCUCGUUGUCGGCAUCCGCAGCGCGUGUAAUGCGAGUUUCACGUCCGAGCGUGCGGGGGGUGGCAGCGCGGGGGUGCUGGCGGUCGUGCCGGGGACGGCGGUGCUGGCGCCGGAGGGGGCCGCGGGGGGGCAGUGGGGCGGCGAGGGGCAGGUGGGGAUGAAGGCGGUGGGAGAGAUGGUGUAUGCGGUGCUGUACCGAAAGGUCAGGCUCAGGACGGUGUUUGCGAAGAGUGUGGAGGGGGGGGCGGCGGUGCUGGAGGGGGGGUGUCGGUGGAGGGAGGUGUGGGACUGGACGAUGUCGCAGAGGGAGCGGCAGGGGGGUCAUGUGCGCUCGCCCCUGAUGAGUCGUUUGCGCUCGCCGUUGAUGGAGCCGUUGAUGGAUAGCUAUAUUCCUCUUGUGAAUGGGGCGGGUGGCUGGGAUGAAGAGCACGACAUGGGCGUCUCCGGUGACGCAUGGUGGACCCCGUCAGACCUGGAGAGGGUGAUCGCCGAGAAACAUCAAAAGAUCGAAAAUGAUAUGUUGCCAUUUCCAUUCCCGGAGGAUAUUGAGAGGACCCUAUCCGACCUUAAAGCAAUCGACGAGAAACAGAACACAAUCAGUAACGAUAUGUGGUCGUUUCCAGGCCAGGUGGAUGUUCAGAGGUCGCGCCCUGUCAUACCAGAGGCGCCCCUUCUUCCGGACAUGGGGGCGGUGCGAUACGCCCGCCCGCCACGGGCCCCGACCGUGGGGGAGGAGAAGGGGGUGGUGGAAGUACACUGGGAGGCAUCGCUGGACGACGAGUGGUGGGAUAUGGCGGAGGAUGUAGAUCAGGGAGAGGAUGAUGAUAUCUAUUCCCUGAUAUCUGAUGGUGAGGGAUGGCAGUUGUAG